CAUCGCUCUUCUCGAAGCUUGCAUGCGUUACAUGCAGUAUUAAAAUUUGUUCGGACAGGCUGGAUGUAUAGAUUGUUGUAUAGUACAUAUGGGCCACAAAGAUCAGCGACCUUUGACGCAAGAUGAUUUGAAAACAGCUCUUCGAAAAAGAGACGAACAGAUUACCUGCCUGGAGGCCCGGGUAGAAGCCUAUAUUGCUCGAACAUCAGAGACGCAGGCUCGCCUUCUUACAACUAUUGACAUCGUUGAUUCUCUAAAGGCUCAACAUAUAAUCGACUUGGCGGUGAAGGAACGCGAGAGGGUGAAUUUGUCCCAUGAAACUGAACGUUGGAGAACCUUUGCGAAGGGGCUCGAAGUUGAGCGAGAUGAUCUCAAAGAUGUCGUCGAGGACUUGAUUCAGAAAGUCCAGAUUUCCAGUGACUGGAGUAUGUGGCCUUGCAGUCGCAUGGAUAUAACAAAACAUCUACAUCAACUCCCUGAGAACCAUUUCAAAUCCAGUGAUACAGGCUGCAGGCAUUCUGAGGAUAUCAUGGAGUACGGUGCUUCUGUCAUCACUAGGCUGCGCACCGAGCUUGACCACGAGCGCAAAGCUCAUUGCAAGGCUGUGGAGGAAGCCAACCUCCGUAUCUCUGAACUGGAGGCUAAAGUCGCCGUACGCGAGGCCGAGCUAGAAACAUCCAUUCGAAACCAACAAAAGAGGGAACUGGACCGUUUGUGCCAACCUCGAAACCCUGAAAGCGAAAUACCACCUCCAAAACCAAUGACUGAUGAAGACUGUCUUCGUGUAUUAGCGGACAGCAACACCAGAAACAAAUCUCUUGAGAUUGAAAUACGGAGUUUGGCACGAAAACUUGAGUGCACGCGAGGCUCCGCGGGUUCAGUAGUCGACCCUUCGUCACCGCCGAGAAUUGCUUCUCCCGAUCGCCCGCACCAACCAGUCAUCCCGAGGCAACCUCCAACAACUAAUAUCGAACCUCAUUCCACAUCGACACGGAAUACUGUAUCGACCCUGCCAGCUGGUUCAGAUGUAAUCAUACGAACAUCAUCUCACGAUAGUCCCGCAGUAUCUUCUACUUCUGCAUCACAGCACUCUAUUGCGCAGCUGGAUGAUCAAAUUAACACAUAUGCUUCCCAGCUUGACGCCUUCAAAGCGGAGAGGAAGACUCUUAUUGAGAUGGCUGUGAGGAAACGUAGAGUGUCUGAUGGAGAACCUCCCGACUUUCCACAAAUCUUGGUUAUCGAGGAGGAAUGCGUGAGGCUGGCCUCUCAGGUCUCACAUCUUGAACAAGAACUUGAGCAUAGUCGAAGUUCUGCCAAGUCUCGCGAACAAGAACUGCUAAAGGAAAUUGACGCUCUCAAGCUGUCAUUGCAUCAGCAGUCACCAAGUCUUUAUCUCGCACACGAUGUCCAGCAUCUAGAUGAUGGUCUAGACGUCGAACAAAACAUGGAGCUAGCGACACCUUUGCAGCCCACCGCUAUUCUACCUUGGAACAACCCUGGUUUAACAACCCUCCCUAUAGACCCACUCCUGAUUCCACUCCCUUUCUCACCUAAAAGAAAUUCCUCGCCUGUCAUCCCAUUAUCUCGUCCACUGCCGCGCCCAUCCAGCCCCCAUCCUAUAAAACUCAGGCGACUUGAAGAGAGAUUGGAAGUAGCCAGGGUUCAACUGACCGCGAAGGAGCAAGCUCUCGAUCAGCUCAAAAUCGAUAUGGAAGAACUCCGACACCUACUCCCAGAGGAGCCGCCGUGAUGUCGAAGAUGAAAUCUUGUGUUAUUGAUAUUUCUGCCACAUGUAUCUUGUAACUAUGUAUCUGUAACUAUUUGACUGUA